CCAUUUUGGCCGUCUCGGCGCGGGCGGUGGGAGGAGGGAGGGUGGCUGGCUGGCUGUGGUCGUCGCCGCCAUUUUGUCCGCGGGUGUUUGAGCGCGGCGGGAGCGGGCGGAGGGCGCCGGAGUCAGCCCCACACCCCGCGCCACCCGCCGGUUAGCCCCACCGGAGACCUGGCGACCGUCUGCUUCGAUUCUCUUGAUCUGAAGAUGGCUGCACAGUCAGCACCGAAGGUUGUGCUAAAGAGCACCACCAAGAUGUCUCUGAACGAGCGCUUUACUAACAUGCUGAAGAACAAACAGCCGAUGCCAGUGAAUAUUCGGGCUACGAUGCAGCAGCAGCAGCAGCUAGCCAGUGCCAGAAACAGAAGACUGGCCCAGCAGAUGGAGAAUAGACCUUCUGUCCAGGCUGCUUUGAAGCUCAAACAGAAGAGCUUAAAGCAACGCCUUGGUAAAAGUAAUAUUCAGGCACGAUUAGGCCGGCCGGCGGGACCCCUCGCUCGUGGGGCCAUGGGAGGAAGAGGACUGUCUAUGGGGCAGAGGGGCUUGCCACGAGGAGCCAUGCGUGGUGGCCGGGGAGCAAGAGCUCUGCUGAGAGGAGGAGUCCCACUCAGAGGUCAGAGCCUGCUUCGUGGAGGACGAGGUAUCUCCCCCAGGAUGGGCCUGAGAAGAGGUGGCAUUAGAGGUCGCGGUGGCCCUGGGAGAGGUGGCCUAGGCAGAGGCGCCAUGGGCCGUGGAGGACUUGGUGGCAGAGGUCGCGGCAUGGCGGGCCGGGGACGAGGGGGCUUUGGAGGUCGUGGCAGAGGCAGAGGACGAGGAAGAGGAUCGACACGUCCUGCAUUGACCAAGGAGCAGCUGGACAACCAGUUAGAUGCUUACAUGUCUAAAACGAAAGGACACCUCGAUGCUGAGCUGGAUGCUUACAUGGCUCAGACAGACCCAGAAACAAACGACUGAACGUCGUUCCCAGAGACUGUUGUUGAAGUUAGUGUGUUAUGUCGAUGCCCAUAAGCUAAAAACGGAAACCCCGAUUCAUGCUGGAAGGACCCACAGGAAUAGGGAGCGGCCCUGCUCUACCCAGAGAUCAGACUUUAGUGUGUUCCUUUAAUGUUUUGAUACUAUCUGUUGUAUGAAACCUUUUUUUUAUUAUUAUUUUUUUUUUUAAUAUCUUUUUCUUUCCCUGAGUACUCCAAACAUGAAUGUGACAGAUCUGCUGCAAUUAAUCCGUCGACAUCAGCGCUGGUGACUCGCCGUGCCCACGCUGCCUUAGGUGAAGCACUCGUGGGUGCUGGGAUCGCGUGUUUGUGCCUCUUGAGCCCCGCAGAUUCAUUUUGGGAUUGGCCAGGUCCCCAAGUGUGACCCAAGGGCCGAGUUCAUGCCUGCAAGUUCAGUUUAACCCAUCUGAACCAAAAAAAAAAAAAAAAAAAACCAAAACAAAAAACUCCCAGCAAGGCAAACAGGCCAGGUUUAGUUGUAGCAUUCCUAGACAUGCCAAUCUUACUGUUUUGCACCAAAAGUUCCUCUUCUGUUGGCAGAUGCCUAGUGGAGAGCACUUCCCGAGUUGAAAACUUUUUGGUUUAGGUUAUAGUGGGGUUUUUUUUUGUGUUUAGAUAAAAGUUUGAAUUUCUUUUGCAUUGUGUUUGAAGAGAUGGCACCAGUGGUUUCUGUAUCCGCAAAAACAAAUGUUUAUUUAAAGAAAUUGGAAGCAGGAACAUAAAAUUACAGCUGUGACAGCAAAGCAUGGUAGAACUGUCUCUUUUUAAAACAGAGGGUCCAAAAUUAAUCUGUUACCUUUCGGUUUAACCAAAACUGUGUCCUCUGGUCAACCCAACUGCCUGCACUUAACCCUUGGGUUUGGGAAGGGUCUGUUCCUCCCCCCUUUCCUUGAAUUUUAAGUUCAACCAUUCUGUGAACUGUUCCAGAUUCAAUGGAAUCUUGUAUUUCUGGUUUGUUGUAACAAAGGAGAAUUAUAAAAGUAA